GAAGAAGAGGAAGAGGAUGAGCCUCCUGUUCUUCCUCCACGGGGCCUGGACUUGCAAGGUGACCCCAGAAGAGAACUUCCUCUCCCACCUUCUGGCCACCAAGGACAGGAGCAGCCCCUCUAUACGGAAAGUGUCGAGGAUGGAGGUGAUUAUGAGGAUGUGAUUGGAAACGUGGACUACGAGGAACCUCCUCCCUUGGCUGAGGAUGACGACGACAGAGGGGAUUAUGAGGAAAUGCCAGACCACAAGGACACCUCCAAAGAUGACGGUGCUGAGGUGGACCAGGAAUAUGAGGAACUCUGCAGUGGCCAGCCUGGAGGAAUGACUUCUUCAGGUGUUGAAGAGCAUAUUUAUGAUGUGAGUGAAGGAAGCCUGUCUGCCCUGGCCCUCUAUGACUAUCAAGGAGAGGGGGAAGAUGAGAUUUCCUUUGACCCUGGAGACAUCAUCACAUCCAUCGAACAGGUGGAUGAGGGCUGGUGGCGUGGAUCUUGCCGUGGUAGAGUUGGCCUAUUCCCUGCUAACUAUGUGGAGCUCCUUCCGUGAAGUUCUGCCCAAGAGCAGGCACCCACCCCUUGCUUCUCCAGUAUACCCAUACUUGCCAUGUGACACCACAGACCACAACUCUGCCCCGAUGUAGGGGAAGUGGAGAAGUGGAUCUACUCUCUCUUCCAUGGAACAAUCAGAUGCUUCUCCUUCCUGGAGCCAUUGUACAUCACCAGGAUCUGUCCUCCUGCUUUUCUGGUCAUGCGGUGAUCUCUGAACCUAUUCAGGCUGCACCUGGUUUGUUUAAUCUCCGUCAGUGGAUCCCCACAACCUCUCCAUGCCCAAUCUUUCUGGGACUCCUAAUUCCAUCUUGGCUAAGUCACUCAGGGACCAAGAGAAAACAGGCACGAA